ACAUCAUAGGAUACAAAACUCUGUCUAUAAAAAUAUAUAAUAAGCAAAUAAAUUCCCUUAAUAAGGCUUAUUUACUGUGGUCUAAAUUAGGUGAACACAUAAAAGUAUUAGUUCAUUUAAUUUAGUUAGAUUAUCCAGUAGCUCAAACAUGUAGUUAGAUCAUUGCAAUAUUUUGAACUAGAUUUCAAUUAUUUUUAAUUGUUAUACAAUUAUUUUUUUUGAAGCUUAUUAAAACGAAAAAAGAAUGAUAAUAUAAUAAGUCCAAUUUUUGUUAGAGUGGAAAGAUUUUAACAAACAUGAUAACAUAACUUAACCAGUAUAACAAAAUACUAGACGUAUUUGUAUCUAUGCGGACAUGACAGCUGAUAUUUCCUGGAAGUUCAAGUCUUAUAUCAUACAGACGUUACUUCAAAAAAGAAGAUGAUUACGUCCUACGCGUCUUGCAUUCAGUCAUGCAUAUUAACCAAUGACUUAAAUUCUGCCAAUUCACUGGUUUUCUUGGCUAGCUCAGGCAUUUGUACAAAUUUGUCCUAGCAUAUGGAAUGAGGAAUUUGCCUUUCUCUUUGUAUCUUUCAGAGUAUUUUAUUAAAUUUUGUUUUUGUAUUUGAAGAUUAUGGUUCAGUGUUUUAUGUAUAAUUGCUACUUUACUUUUGAGUCUUCUAUCCUGAAGGCUUUCUAAAUUUAGUGAUUUUACUAAAGGUGUUACUCUAGUCAAAUGUAAAUAUUCGUUUGUUAUGAAUCUCACUGCACUAUUUUGUGUCUGUUCCAGUUUUUAAAAAUGUUUUCUUGAGUUGAGGGGUCCCAAACGGAGGAUGCAUAUUCUAUUACUGGCCUAACCAAGGUUAAAUAACAUUUUAGUUUUAUGUUCUUAUUUGAUUUAUAGAAAUUUCUUUUAAUAAACCCAAAUGCUUUGUUUGAUUUUUUGAUAGUUUUACCAAUAUGGGGAAUCAAUGACAGUUUUUUUUUCAUUUAUUACAACACCUAGGUAUUUUACGUUUUUAGUCUGUUACUGGUCAGUACGGGAAUCCCCUAAAUUGUUAAGAACAAAAAUGGAAAACGUUACAUAUAUUUAUUUCCAUAAAUAAAAAACUUGACAAGACAAAAUGCACUUUAUGCUUCAACUACUAAUUGCCACAGCAGUUAUGUCUUUGGCUCUAUGUAAAUCUGAAGAAGUCAAAGCAAUAUUGUAUGAGUACAACGAUACAUCAAUUUUGAGAACAAAACAACAAUUCAUCUUACGUGGCAAUGUGACGGUACAAACAGCGCCACACGAUGACUUAUACAACUUUUUAAAAAUAAAUUACAGAAAAAAUGACAAUACUGAUUUUCAUAUGUUCGACACAUUGGAUUUUAAACAGUGCAUGGCGCGUGCAAGUUUCUAUUGUGUUCAAGACAAGAACACGUUUUUAAUUUAUCUCAACACAACCACUAUGAUAGAAUUCAACCAAUCAGAAUGGAAAAUGAAUGGCUCCUACAAUGGAUAUGAGUUUAGUAGCAAUGCUGUAAUCCUACCUAUAAUUCAACCCAAUGUUGAAACAAGUCUCUUUAUUAAACUUAACCCAAGCUACUCUAAAUGUGAACAAGAUAUCCUGGAAAGUGAAGAAAUCGUUUUAGAAGGACAUGCACGCUUUUAUGGAGACUUUAAAGAAGAUGAAACGUAUAUUGCAAUAGAAGUAAACUUAAUAAGCUCAACGAACUAUACUUUAUACAAAGCAGUAUAUCUGAAUCACUGUGAAACAUCAUCAGAUUUUAAGUGCACUAGAGAUGGAGACUUGUACUCAUAUACAACAACACUAUCUGUCAAUGCUACUAAAGAACUCAGUGAAUCACAUUGGCGACUCGCUGGCGAAUUUAAUGGGAUUUUUUACAAUAGCACUCCUGUACAGCUAUCCAGAAUUUUAGAUUCAUCCAAGGUUCUAAUGAGACUUAAUGGACAAACGUUAUCAAAGAGUAACACUUCCAUAGAGAUAAAAGAAGACGAAGAACUAACUCUGUGUUGUAUUACGACACUAUCACACUGUCUAGCUGUCAUUACAGUGAACCACACUCAAUCUUUUUCAAACCAGAGUUGUGUUAGUCAUCGACCAAUCAAGGGGGAUAAAUCCACGUAUAUGUUUGGAUACAUCGUUUGUGGAGAUGAUAAGUAUUCACAGGCAUUUCCUGUUGACGUUAACAUACUCCAAGUGAAAGACAUUACAGGUCAAGAGAGACCGGGAAUUAUACUUGGUGCUGUGUUCGGCGCUAUUGUCUUUAUUGUGCUGAUAUUGUCUUUGAUCUGCUGCUGGCGCAAAAGAAAAAAUAAAAAAUCAGCACAAAAAUUAUCUGGCCAAAGACCACAAUCUUCGCCUCCACAAGCCAACAGUUUAUCUCCAGACAACAGUUCUGCGUGUUUAUUAGAUAUACCUGAAAAAUGGACGGAAAGAAAUGUCAUUGUUCCUGAAGCUGAAGUCACUAAAAAACCAAAUUCUUCACGUCAAAAUACACAAAACAAAGAGACUAAAGGUAUUAAAGAGAGUACAAAGAGAAGUUAUCUUCCUUCAAAUACAAAGAGCACGAAAACGAAAUGGAUUAAAGGGAAUGAAUAUAAAAUGGAAACGCCUUUAGUUUGUCGAAUGACCAGAAGUAAACAAAAAGAAUUUGAUGAGAAAAAUGCUGAAAGGACAAAAAGUCCUUCGCCCAGACGAAGAAGAAGAAUCAAACCAAAGGAAUUCUCUGAAGACAAUGAUGCCGAAAUGUUAACACUACCUAUUUCUGGAUCAAUUGCAAGAAGACAAAAGAAAUUUAAUGUAAUAUAUCCCGAUUAUUUCACACCAAAAAUGCAGUCCAAAAAUACUGAAUUAGAGGAAAGAAAACUUUCAUAUUCUGUAAAACAUACAAGAAACAAACAGAUUUUGUUGAAGGAUUCUUACAAAGCAGAUGAAAAAAUAAAUCCACUUGAGUUUCAAAAUCUCAGGAUACGAAGGUCACAGACGGUGCAGCAAUAAAAAAGAAUAGAAAAAAAGUCUGUUUUUAAAAUAAUACAGGUUUAACUAUCUACGAAUGCUGAGUAAAUUUAUGAAAUAUUAUAAAUAUUAUUUUUUAUAACUAGAUCUAAACUUCCAUUCUGGCUGAGGUUACAUUAAUUUAAUAUCAAAACUUUAAGAUACAUAUAGAAAUGCCUUUUUUUUUGCAUUUCGAUAUAUUUAACUUAUUAACAAUAGUUAUCAAAUACAAGCAUAAAAGCUUAUAAAAUGGAACACACAGACAUACAACAAAACCAAAGAUUGGAGAGAAUCGUUGUAUUAGAAAAUAACUGUAUACCUUUUUUUAAUUGAUAGACUUUGACUAGUGGUAGCUUCUGACAUUUUUAAUAAAUGAAAGGAAAACCUAAUGAAGUUAUAAAUGUAUUUUUUUAAAUUAUCAUUUAUUCAUUCGAAUAGUUUUUGCUUCUUUUUCUAUUUUGGUAAACGGUUUCUAUUUGCUCUUAUAAAAGUUUUAUCAACAUUGUUAUUGUAGUACUGCUAAGGGUAACAACUUAUAGUAUUUAUAGACAUAACAUCUCCCAUUAAUAGUAAUAUCAAUACAUUACAUCUAGUCAAAUAAUUAUUGACAUGUUGACUUAUUGGUAAGAUGAUUGUAGUCAUAGUAUUUGUAGAGUAUUACAGUCUGAAGACUGAACAAUCAUAAUUACAGAAAGUACUUUCUCAUAUGUAACAAAGUGACAUGUAUGAUCUGAACUCUUUACAAACAAAACUUUACAUUUACACUUUUAUACAUUUUACCAUUGGUGCAAUGAGAAUCCAUAAUGUAAUGAAUAAAAUACAAUCGACGAUACGUACAUUUUUAUUCCAUAUCUUGAAGUACACAAUUUUAUUUCGAUACAAUAUUACACAUUAUUUCUCUUUUAGGCUUCAUUAUCUCAACUGACUGUUUAGUUGACUGACUGCAAUAUUUGACCAAAUUUUCUGUUUGUCGACUAAUACAUGGCUACUACAUUGACUUGUUUCUACUAGACUACUCGACUAACUUCUAACUUUUUCCUUACUGACUGACAUCACAUUCUGUUGUUCACUCCUACAUCCGGUGAUUCAUAACUAGUAGGCCUAUUGAUACAGUCUCACAAGCUAUCUAUUCAAACAACCAGGCAUCAGACUGCUCCAAAUUUGUCCUUAGCAUAUCACUAUCAGUCAUGGCUCUAGUCAUAGUCUUAUAAAGAUGUAGUGACUGUCGCAUCUGGUGAAAGAAGCUUUUCUAAACUCAAACUGAUCAAAACCUACCCUAGGUCAGUAAUUCACCAAUAGCGAUUCAUUAAUUUACAACUAUAGCUAUUGUAUCUGCAAUAAACAAAGGCAUUAACUAUUAAACAUUUCUUAAAGACUUUACUAAGAAAAAAAGCAAUAGAGGCACACUUUUAAAUUAAUUUAGUGUCAAUAUUUUAUUAAUAUUAAUUGAUUUUUUUUUAAUUUUGUCUUGCUACUUUGUUAUUAUAGCCUGUUAAUACAACAAUUCGUUGGUGAAGUUAUGUUUUGAGUUGCGUCCUAUCCAUUUUUUUAAUGACAAACAUUAUAUUGAAAACAUCAUAAAUAUCGCUCAUAAAAGUAUUAAUUAAUAAUAAAAGAAUGAAGUAUAGGUUAUGACUUACAAUGUCUUAAUUGGACAGCAAUACAUAAAACGGCAGCAAAUGUCUUUUGUUUUUAUAAAUUAAUAUCAUUAGAUGAGCCGCAUUAAAAGACAUUGUUGAAAUGCUAGUUAUAUAUUAACUGCUUUGAAUGUCUGUAGCAACAUCAUGUAUUUAAAUUGAUAGAACACGAAGAACAAGAUUAUUUCAAGACGAUAUUUAUAUUUUAUUCAAAUUAUUGUAAUCGUUUUAAGAAUUAGCAUUCCGUGUUUAGAAAUAUUUUUUGUGCAUAUUUUUUUUAAUAUUUAUAUUUGUUGGUCUGGAUUUUUUUUAUAUUUUUAUAUUUAAAAAAAAAAAAAAAGAAAAAAAAAAGAUAGCUAUAAUUGAAAUACUCUAGUUUAACUUUGAAGAUUUACCAUUUGAUUUACACAUUUUAGCUUUGCAGUGUUAGGACACACACUUUCUAUUACUUACUAAUCCAAACCACCGACUGGGCGCAAGGACUUACCGCUCUAGGGUUUGCGAUCGAACUUACGUCCAAAGCUCAUACCGCAGGGUGAGACAGCCAUCCAUCAUCCAUGAGAUUGCUUUUUAAAGAUACGACGUAAUCAAAGGAAAAAGGAAGGUCGCCAGUAUUAUGAGAUUUUUACGCAAAUUUUUAUUCUAAAUUAAAAAAAAAUACUUAUAUUUUCAAUAUGGAUUUAUUAUACGAAAAAAAAAAAACUAACGAAAAACAAUAAUAGCUGUUUCCAAUACUAACAAUGGCAGAGAGUUAUAAAAUGUCUGCAGAGAAGAAAAUCUUUAUUUUAACACAGCUCCCUAUAACAUGAUUUCCUAAACAUAUCUAUGAGUGUGUUAAGUCUUUUAUAUUGUUUUAAAAAAUGAAUAUUAACACAUAUACAUGUUAAUUUGUUUUAAUGCUCAAAUCUCUUUAUCUAGUGAAUAUUGAAAUAAACUCCCUCUAUCUCUACUCAAAGAGGGAGAGAGAGAGACAGUAAGACACACAACAAGAUUACAAAGAGAGUUUGUGUUACACAAACUCAGAGGCGGCCCCCGUCGAAGUCGGAUCCCUGUCGGAUCUGCAUAUUCGCAAAUAAUAUUCAAGAGGUGAUUUAAUUUUGAUGUAAAAUGUUUUACACGUUUCGGAUGUUAAUUCAGAGUUGAAGAUAAUUACUUCCUAGUCCAAACCUCCCGCAGGACGACGGGGGAUGGGAGCGGGCAGGGUUUGAACCCUGGGCCAUCCAUAAAUCUGAACGACAGUACAGCGCGCAAACCGCACGACCAGGCAGCCAUCCGAUGGUCAAAAGUAAUAAUGUUUCAAAGAUUCAUUUGUCGUAAAUUUAAAUUUAAAUUUAAUAAAAAAUAGUAGAUUAGUUUUAGUAUAUUAAAACAUUACAAUAUUGAUCAAAACGUUUGGAAAUGAAAAUCUACACUUUUUUUUUACACUUUAAGUUUAUAAAUUGAAAUUCUACAUCUUAAUCUAGUCUAUUUUAGUCUAAACUAGAUCUAGAAAUACUAGAUCUAGACUCUAAAAUAAUUUUAAUUAGAAUAUAAAUCCAGAUCUAGAUAUACUGUAAUAAAAAUGUAGAUCUAGUUUAAAAAAUCUAGAUUAGAUCUAAAUCUAGAUAUCAUUCCUUUUUUAAACGCGAGUCACAUAACGAGGCUUAAUAAACAUUACUAUGCCGAGUUCUUUUUUCAUUUCGUUUGAAGAAUUUAUUCCAUAUAACGUCAGAGGGAAAAAAAAACACUACGUCACACGGCCUAGCUAGAUUAAAAAUCGCCUUCAUCUAUAAGAGCCAUUUAUCGAGUGUUCAUAGACUUUGGUGCACCGAGUGCGUUCUUUAAGCAUUUCAUUUAAAGAAUUCAUUCCAUAUGACGUCAAAGGAAAAAAAACACUACGUCACACGGCCUAGCUAGAAUAAAAAUCGCCUUAAUCAUUACGAGCGUUUUAUCGAGUGUUCAUAGACAUUGGUGCACCGAGUGCGUUCUUUUAGCAUUACAUUUAAAGAGUCCAUUUAUAUGACGUCAAAGAAAAAAAAUUCCAUUACCUCACAAUAGGCUAGUACCGGUACCAUAAAAAAAAAUGUCUUUAUUUACACGAGAUAUUUAACGAGGGUUCAUAGACAUUGGUGCACUGAGUUCUAAUAGAAUUUAUUUAAAAAGGAUCAAAGCCGCAUUGUUUUUGCGUUUUGUCUGUCAGUCGGUCUGUCCGUCAUCUUGAUAUAAAAAAAAAAACAACCAAAAGUUAUUAAAAAUUGAUUAACCUUUAUUUUACGUUUCAAAACAUCGCAAUAAUUUUUAGGUAUGAACACAAUUGAAAAGUUUAUAUAAUAGAUUGUUCCGGAUGUUUGUAUAAAUAGUAAAAGAAAAAGAGAAUUUCAGAUAAAUGUAAUACCGUUAAUUAAAUUUUUUGGAUGGUCUCGUAUAAAAAUUAGAUGUACUACAGCCACGUGGAGAGAUUUUCAUACCUUACUUUGGUGUUAGGAUUCUGUUUCCCUUAAAAAUCGGAACAUAAUAUUAACGAUAAUUAGAUUUUUUAAUGUUUUAGGUAGAAAGUUAAAUGUACUGUAAUUAUUUGGCGUUAGUAGAUUUUUAAAUAAAUUCGGAAAUUUCUGGCGACGAUUUGUAAGAAACAAAAUCCGGAACUUUCUUUAUCGAUUACAAAACUUCUAUGUUAUGUUUUACAAGAAAAUUAAAUGUCUAAAAAGUAAUUUUCAGUAAUCAAUUCUAGUAAAUUACUUUUUUUAAAAGCCUUAUGCGAUUUCAAACAAUCAUUAGGCAUAAUUCAUGUUUUAUAAAACAAUAUCCGGAACAUUUUUACACUUAAUGAAAUAUAAGUCAGUAUAGAGAUUAUGAUUUAGCAUUAAUAUGCUAUUUACAUAAAAAACGGAACAACAUAUUAUUGAUAAUGUGUUUUUGCAACGUUUAAGCAUGGAAAUUGAAUUUAAUAUAAGUUAGAAGAGCAAACAAACAUUUGUUGGCGUUGAUUAGUUUUGCACAAAAAAAUCCGGAACAAUUAAUUUUAGAUACUUAAAACUAUUGAGAUGUUAUGGGAGGAACAUUAAAGGGUAAAUCAGAUUUUCAAUAGCUUUUAGAGUUCUAGUUUUUUAAAUCUAAUCGUGACGGACAGACCGACCAACAGACAAAACGCACAAAAAUAAGCUUCUUUUAUUCGGAUGGGGGCACUAAACAAAAAAUAAAUAAAAUCUGAUUUUUAAAAAAAGUUUAAGGAAUUGGUUUAGCACCUGAUCAUGUUGCGACGUUACGCUACUGCUCGAAAAUCGCUGCAUAAAAAGUCCAUUUAAAAAAAUGUGCGUGAUAUUUACAUACAAAGUGCAUUAUUAGCCUUUAUAAACAAACAGAAAUGUUUUCUUUUAAUUUUAGCAGCUAGUUGACCAGAAAAAACGUCUUUAACUAUUAUUUGUAUUUGUUGUAAACAUUUCCUGUACAUUUUAAAAAUAUAUUUGACUUAGUGAUACUGAAAAUACACAAAAAUUGCCCAUCUUUGUUAGCAUAUUGUAACAUUGCCUCCCUUACAUUUACGUAAUUGUUUUAGAAUUGGUGUAUUUUUAUGAAAAAAUCGCUUGCAUAAUUAAUUUUAUAAAUUAAACGGUUUGCUUUUAGAAAACCAAAAGUAGCCGUUGCACCUAAACUUUUCAAGCCGGAUUUAAUGAUGAAAUAAUAUUUUUCAUAUCUCUUCUAGUUUUCGAGAUCUGAGUGUGACAGACGGACAGACGGACAGACGGACAUUUUGCACAAACCUAAUAGCGGCUUUUUCCCCUUACGGGGGCCGCUAAAAAAGAGAGCAUAUAUAUAUAUAUAUAUAUAUAUUGUUAAAAAAUAUGUUUAGUUAUAUACUUACAGUAUUAGUUUUUACAAAUAUGUAAAUGACAUUUUGUUCCACAACUUAAACCAUUUGUACCAAAACUGAUUGUUAUAAAUAAACAAAUUGUAUUUCAUUUCAUUGUGUGUGUGUGCUGUGUCAGAAUAAUGUCGUCCAUGUAUAAUGUCACCCCUUUCCACGCAUCUGAUGUAUGUAUGUAUAUAUAUAUAUACAUGGCCUCAUUCACGUGACUAGAAGUAUCAGAACAGGGUUUUUGUUAAUGCCUCUACAUGUUCUGUAAUGUUUUAAUAAAUACAAAUUUUACCGCUUAUUCGUAAUAAUACUUAAUAAUAGACUACUUACAGCUCAAAGCAUGUGCUAUAUGCUGUAAAAAAAAGUAAAGUCCCCUAGCAGACGUUUAUGGCAGAUAUAUUUCUUGCAAAGUUAAUAUUAUUUUCCUUUUUUUAAAAGAGAUAUUUCCUAUAUAUUUAGUUGAAAUAAAAUAUAACUUUUUGAGUUGUGGAGGUUAAGGCCCUUGGUUGACGCAUUGACGUUAAUCCGGAGCUGUAUUUAUAUAUUACGAACAUGCUACCUGCGGACUUUGUCUUAACCACGAAAUUGUUGUAAUCCGUACUAUUUGAGGCAAUGUUUUUAAAGAUGCAAAAACAGAAUCAGCAAUAGAAAACCGGUGAAAAAAAAACAGGUCUCAGACCCUUCUAAAUUUGAAUUUUUCAAUAAAAUGUCAACCGCUGGGGAUAGUCUCUUGUGUAGGCCUAGGAGAGGUUGUCCCGCCUGUUCUCCAACAAAUCUUGAAUUGAAUAGAUAUU